CUUGACCAGAUUUGCUUCGACUGUAUCCUAGAUAAUCCUUGCCUUGCAUUCUGUUACGUUUUGUCUUUUCCCUAGCCCAAUGAAUAUUUUCAGGUUUUCUUUUUCCCUUGGGUUUCUUCUGUCGGUACAAUUUUCGUCUUCAGUAUCAAUAAAGUUGAUUUUCUUUUUCCAUUUCAUAAUCCGGAUCAGCAUCCUUUGGGACAGACUGGUCUUGCCUUCUAGCUGCUGCAUUCAUUUCUCCAUCCAAAAGUUCACUUGAUGUUUGCAGGUUUUCCGUAGGGC